GCAUCAUUUGAGACGAGGAGCGUGGGAGAACGGAGUGGCUAGAGGGUGCAGAUAGGAGCUGCUUGUCAGAGUUUAAUUCUCCCCUCUUUUUUGUGUCUGUCCAGAUAUAAAUUUCUUCAGGCAUCCAGUCUCCCUUGUCUAGCGCUGCCCGGUAUCCAUCCAAAGACUUCUUUUCUUCUGUUUACCUGUGAGACUGCCUGUCUGUCGUUUUCGGAGAACAAAAAACAGCAAUAAAACAACAGAAGAUAGCCUUCCCUCGACAAGUACCAGUACUCCGUACUUCAUUUCCCGUGCAGCACUAAGACGCCAACAAAGCUGCGCUUUUCUACCACACCAUCCUUGCUGAUUGGUACCAAGACGCCAAGGCGAACAAGCAAAAGACAGUCAACGGCCACUUAGAAGGGAGAAUACUACCCUCCCCUUGCAGACAGCUGCUUGGGAUACUGCUUGGCAUCACGCCUACACGAGCCCCGGGCUGUCGGUAGCAAAUACGCCAGCCGACAAACCUUUGCGGCGGCUUUACCGGGGAGGCUCUGCUCAGCCUUUUUCUUGGUAUUUGGCUAAAACUUAAAGGUUUGCCAUUUCCAGGCUCAGACCGCUUCUGGAGGCUUUCUAGCUUCACCACGCUAUUUCGAUUUAUUCGUUGUUUUUGUUACAGGCACCACUUUCGUUCACUAGGUUGUCGUUGAGCUUCAGGCUCACGCACCGUUACAUUCGCUGAAGUGUUAUUCUUCCCGGGGUCGUUUUGGAUAUUCAUCAUCUACAUUCGCUUACCUUCUUUGUGGGGUUGUGAUUACAUCGACUUUUUUGUCCACGUAUCACGACUAUUCACUCGCUCGAGGCGGAGGAAAACAAUAUCUAUUCACCGACUAUCAGUAUACACAGCCAACCAAGACACAAUGCCUUCAUCAACGGCUGCAGUCUUCACAGUCUCGCUGCUGGCCACACUAGCCGCAGCCUCACCCCUCGCCGAGCAACAGCCUGCCGCCCGGCUGAACCCUCGCGCCAUGGCACGACCAAAGUUCGGCAACGUCCCCUACGGCCAGCAGCUGAAGUCUUGCGUGGAGCCCAACAUGAUCGCUCUGACGUUUGACGACGGACCUGGCCAGUACACGGCCCACGUGCUUGACCUGCUCGAGAGGGCCGGAAACCUCAAGGCGACCUUCUUCCUCAACGGCAAGAACGGCCAGAACGGCAUGGAAAACUCGGGUCUCUCGUCGGUCCUGAAGCGCAUGGUGAACGCUGGCCACCAGCUGGCAAGCCACUCGUACAGCCACAAGAACUUUGACGAGAUCUCGGCGGACGAGCAGGAACAAGAGCUCUUGCUCAACGAGGACGCCUUUGCGCGACUCAUUGGCAUGGUCCCGACCUACUUCCGUCCCCCGUUCACUGCUUGCGGAGCCACCUGCCUGGCAACUGCUGGCAGAUUGGCCUACCAUGUCACCGACUACGAUCUCGACACCAAAGACUAUGAGGGCAACCUGCAGGCGUCCAAGAACAAGUUCCAGGAGGGCAUGUCUCAGUCGCCCAAGUCGUGGGUUGCGCUCGCGCACGACAUCCACGAGCUGACUGCCAACUCCAUCACUCCCUUCAUGAUCGACACGGCCAAGUCCAAGGGCUACAAGUUUGUCACCAUGGGCGAGUGCCUGGGCGACCCCAGGGAGAACUGGUACCGUGACCCAUCCACCGGCCGCGCCGUCGCCGCUCUCGGUAGCAGCAACAACGUCAAGCCUCCCGCACUUGUGAGCUCCGAGUCCUCCUCAACGACAGCCAGCAGCACCACGGCUACGGCUACCAGCACGUCGGUCUCGAAGCCGACAUCCACCCCAACUCCCGUCAGGGCAGGCAACAGCACCACCUCAAACGCCUCGAGCACUCGCUCUGCGGGCAGCCCGGCAUCCACAUCCGCUGCUGCCUCCAAGGAAGGCGCGGCUGACCGGGUGGGCUUCGGUGGCCUUUUCGCCUCUCUCAUCUGGGGAGCUACGGCAUUUGCUCUCUUGAUGUGAUGAACAAAAAGAGAAAACCCAUCGGAGAGCAAGCGAAACAUAAAAACAACAACCAAAAAAAGUACACAAAAAAUACAUAAACCUUGAUGGCUAGAAAAAGGGUUUCUUUUUUUUUUCUUGGACAAACUUAUCUUCGGAUAUAAUCCUUUUUCUUAUUCAUCGCACCUGGUUAGCAAGAUGAGCCGGCCCUCUUGAUGCUAUUUGGCGCUUUGGAGAAUCGUGUUUCCCAAAUGCUCGGCACUCGGCGCGACGAAAGGACGAUGAAAUGCCACGACCACGCGAGGAGCGGGGGGUGUGUGUCUCGGGAAGACUGGAAGGAUGGUUGAGCUGGAUCUUUGAACGUGCGCGAUUGAUACCCGGAGACGUUCGGCUUCUUUUUAUUUCUUUUCUUUCCUAUACCUUUUUAUUUUUCUGGAAAGGAUCACAGUACAGCGCAGCGAGUUUUGAUAGCAAGGAGGAGAUGGGGUAAGAACCCACUCUCUUGCUCUGUUGGUGGUCUGCCCUGUUUCUGCUGGAACUAUUAUCGGUUUCGCUUUUUUUUUUCUUCUCUUCUCUUUUAUAGAUAGAGUGGCCCUGUAAGGGGGCAAGAUUGGUCUCUUUGGAACCAAGCGGACUUAAUACUGAUUCUUCAGCCAUGAUGAA